AUGCUCCGGCGCCGCUGGAAGGCGGGGCACAUCUACACGGCGGCGGGGAACGUGCUCUGCUCCAUCAACCCCUACCGCGACCUCGGCGGCGACGUCUACGAUAUACCGGCGACGCUCGAGGCCAUGGUCGACACAUUCGGCGGCGCCGAGGGCGAGCCGCACCUCUUCCGCUGGGCCCACGUCGCCUACGACGCGUUGUGGAAGGCGGAGGGCGCCGCGACGAACCAGGCCAUCAUCUGCAACGGCGAGAGCGGCGCGGGCAAGACCAUGGCGUCGACGCUCAUCGUCACGUACCUCGCGGCGCUCUCCCGGGGCGUCUUCGACGGGGCCGGCGGCGGCGGCGACCACUGGGACGUCACGGCGCUCCUCGCGACGACGCCCGUGCUCGAGGCCUUCGGGAACGCGAAGACGGCCAUGAACGACAACUCGAGCCGCUUCGGCAAGUUCCUCCUGCUGGAGUACGAGGACAAGGUGCUGGUGGGCGCGCAGGUCGAGGACUUUUUGCUCGAGAAGUCGCGCGUGACCAAGUGCGGGCCGGGCGAGCGCAACUACCACACGUUCUACCAGCUCUGCGGCCUCGGCGGCGCCGCCGGCGAGACGUACGGCGUCGCGAGCGCGGACCGGCACCACUACCUGAACCAGCACGAGCUCGUCGUGCCGGGCGUCGACGACGUGGCCGAGGCCGGCGACGCGGCCGAGGCCUUCGCGGCGCUGGGCCAGGGCGAGGCCAUCGCCUGGCUCCGCCGCGUCUGCGCGGGCCUCGUGCGCCUCGGCGACGUCGACUUCGAGGACGUCUUCGACGACUCCGCGGAGGAGUCGAAGAUUUUGGAGAGCUCCGAGGCCGCGCUCGCCGACGCCGCGAAGGCCCUCCAGGUGGCCGCGGGCGACCUCGACGGCGCGUCGCUCCGCGGCGCGCUCCACCACCGGUCCAUCGUCGUCGCGGGCUCGCGGAAGCGCAUCCCCUUCACGGCGGCGCAGGCGCGGAACGCGCGCGACGCGCUCGCGAAGGCGCUCUACGAGAAGCUCUUCGACCACGUCGUCAGGCUCUGCAACGGCGCGCUCGCGCCCGAGGCCGCGGCGGUCGAGGCGUCGGCGGCGCGCGCGUUCGUCGGCAUCCUGGACAUCUACGGCUUCGAGAUCAUGGCGUCGAACUCGCUGGACCAGCUCCUCAUCAACUUCGCGAACGAGACGCUCCAGGUCGCGUUCAACGAGCAGGUGCUCGUCGCCGAGGGCGAGCGCUACCGCGAGGAGGGCAUCGCGUGCCCGGCCAUCGACCUCGCGGACUCGCAGCAGUGCCUCGACCUCAUCAAGGCGCCGCCGGCGGGCGUGCUCGUGCUCCUGGACGAGCAGGUGAAGCUCGGCCAGCGCGGCAGCGACAUGAACUUCCUCGCCUGCGUCGACAAGGCGAACAAGGACCACCCCUUCUACGCCAAGUCGCGGACGAACCCGGACAAGUUCGUCGUCCGCCACUACGCGGGCGACGUCGCCUACACGGCGCACGGCUUCCUCACGCGCAACGUCGACCCGCUCUCCGGCGACGCGGCCGAGUGCCUGCGGUCCUCGAAGGACGGCGUCCUCGCGGCCUGGUACCCGGCCGCGGGCGGCGGCGAGGAGGCGCGCCAGGCGCAGCGCCGCGCGCUCUCCGAGAGCACGUCGAAGAAGUUCCGCGAGCAGAUGGCCGCGCUCUCCGAGGAGCUCGACGAGUGCGAGAAGCACUACGUGCGCUGCAUCCGGCCCAACGGGUCCAAGGACCGAAACGUCUUCGACAUGGACAUGGUGCUGCGCCAGCUCCGCUUCUUCGGUUUGCUCGACAUCGUCAAGAUCCGGCGUCUGGGCUACCCGGAGCAGUCGGACCCGGCGACGUUCUGGAAGAGCUACUGGCAGCUCAUCCCC